GAUGAGCAGUUCUUAGGUUUUGGCUCAGAUGAAGAAGUCAGAGUGCGAAGUCCUACAAGGUCUCCAUCAGUUAAAACUAGUCCUCGAAAACCUCGUGGGAGACCUAGAAGUGGCUCUGACCGAAAUUCAGCUAUCCUCUCAGAUCCAUCCAUGUUUUCCUCUCUAAAUAAAUCAGAGACCAAAUCUGGAGAGAAAAUAAAGAAGAAAGAUUCCAAAAGUUUAGAAAAGAAGAGAGGAAGACCUCCCACCUUCCCUGGAGUAAAAAUCAAAAUAACGCAUGGAAAGGACAUUUCAGAGUUACCAAAGGGAAAUAAAGAAGAUAGCCUGAAAAAAAUUAAACGGACACCUUCUGCUACAUUUCAGCAAGCCACAAAGAUUAAAAAAUUAAGAGCAGGUAAACUCUCUCCUCUCAAGUCUAAAUUUAAGACAGGGAAGCUUCAAAUAGGAAGGAAGGGGGUACAAAUUGUGCGACGGCGAGGAAGACCUCCAUCAACAGAAAGGAUAAAAACCCCUUCCAGUCUCCUCAUUAACUCUGAACUGGAGAAGCCCCAGAAGGUUCGGAAAGACAAGGAAGGUACACCUCCACUUACAAAAGAAGAUAAGACUGUUGUCAGACAAAGCCCUCGAAGGAUUAAACCAACUGUUAGGAUUAUUCCUUCUUCAAAAAGGACAGAUGCAACAAUUGCUAAGCAACUCUUACAAAAGGCAAAAAAGGGGGCUCAAAAGAAAAUUGAAAAAGAAGCAGCUCAACUGCAAGGAAGAAAAGUGAAAACACAGGUCAAAAAUAUCCGACAGUUCAUCAUGCCUGUUGUCAGCGCCAUUUCCUCACGGAUCAUUAAAACCCCUCGUCGGUUUAUAGAGGAUGAGGAUUAUGACCCACCAAUUAAAAUUGCCCGACUCGAGUCUACACCGAACAGUAGAUUCAGUGCCACUUCCUGUGGAUCUUCUGAAAAAUCAAGCGCAGCUUCUCAGCACUCCUCUCAGAUGUCUUCAGACUCUUCCCGAUCUAGUAGCCCCAGUGUUGAUACCUCCACAGAUUCUCAGGCCUCUGAGGAGAUUCAGGUACUUCCUGAAGAGCGCAGCGAAACCCCCGAAGUUCAUACUCCACUGCCUAUUUCCCAGUCCCCAGAAAAUGAUAAUAAUGAUAGGAGAAGCAGGAGGUAUUCCGUUUCCGAGAGAAGUUUUGGAUCUAGAACAACUAAAAAAUUAUCAGCUCUACAAAAUGCUCCUCAGCAGCAGCCCUCCUCCUCUCCACCACCACCUCUGCUUACUCCGCCCCCACCUCUGCAGCCAGCCUCCAGUAUCUCUGACCACACACCUUGGCUAAUGCCUCCAACAAUCCCUUUAGCAUCACCGUUUUUGCCUACUUCUGCUGCUCCCAUGCAAGAGAAGCGAAAAUCUAUUUUGCGAGAACCAACGUUUAGGUGGACUUCUUUGAAGCAUUCUAGAUCAGAGCCACAAUACUUUUCCUCAGCAAAGUAUGCCAAAGAAGGUCUGAUUCGCAAACCAAUAUUUGAUAAUUUCCGACCCCCUCCACUGACUCCUGAGGAUGUUGGCUUCGCAUCUGGUUUUUCUACGUCUGGUACAGCAGCUUCAGCCCGAUUGUUUUCACCACUCCAUCCUGGAACAAGGUUUGAUGCACAAGGUUUGAUGCACAAAAGGAGCCCUCUUCUGAGAGCUCCGAGAUUUACUCCAAGUGAGGCUCACUCUAGAAUAUUUGAGUCUGUUACCUUGCCUGGUAAUCGAACUUCUGCUGGAACAUCUUCAGGAGUAUCUAAUAGAAAAAGAAAAAGGAAAGUGUUUAGCCCUAUUCGAUCUGAACCAAGAUCUCCUUCUCACUCCAUGAGGACAAGAAGUGGAAGGCUUAGUACUUCUGAGCUGUCACCUCUCACCCCACCGUCUUCUGUCUCUUCUUCGUUGAGCAUUUCUGUUAGUCCUCUUGCCACUAGUGCCUUAAACCCAACUUUUACUUUCCCUUCUCAUUCCCUGACUCAGUCUGGGGAAUCUACAGAGAAAAAUCAGAGACCAAGGAAGCAGACUAGUGCUCAAGCCGAGCCAUUUUCAUCAAGUAGUCCUACUCCUCUCUUCCCUUGGUUCACCCCAGGCUCUCAGACGGAAAGAGGGAGAAACAAAGACAAGGCCCCUGAGGAGCUGUCCAAAGAUCGAGAUGCUGACAAGAGCGUGGAGAAGGACAAGAGUAGAGAGAGAGACCGGGGGAGAGAAAAAGAAAAUAAACGGGAAUCAAGGAAAGAGAAAAGGAAAAAGGGAUCAGAAAUUCAGAGUAGUUCUGCUUUGUAUCCUGUGGGUAGGGUUUCCAAAGAGAAGGUUCUUGUUGGUGAAGAUGUUGCCACUUCUUCUUCUGCCAAAAAAACAACUGGGCGGAAGAAGUCUUCAUCACUUGAUUCUGGGACUGAUAUUACUUCUGUGACUCUUGGGGAUACAACAGCUGUCAAAACCAAAAUACUUAUAAAGAAAGGGAGAGGAAAUCUGGAAAAAACCAACUUGGACCUCGACCCAACUGCCCCAUCCCUGGAGAAGGAGAAAACCCUCUGCCUUUCCACUCCUUCAUCUAGCACUGUUAAACAUUCCACUUCCUCCAUAGGCUCCAUGUUGGCUCAGGCAGACAAGCUUCCAAUGACUGACAAGAGGGUUGCCAGCCUCCUAAAAAAGGCCAAAGCCCAGCUCUGCAAGAUUGAGAAGAGUAAGAGUCUUAAGCAAACUGACCAACCCAAAGCACAGGGUCAAGAAAGUGAUUCAUCAGAGACUUCUGUGCGUGGACCCCGGAUUAAACAUGUCUGCAGAAGAGCUGCUGUUGCCCUUGGCCGAAAACGAGCUGUAUUUCCCGAUGACAUGCCCACCCUGAGUGCCUUACCAUGGGAAGAACGAGAAAAAAUUUUGUCUUCCAUGGGGAAUGAUGGUAGGUCAGAGAUGGCAACCAGUUUGCUCAGUAAUCAUUCAAGUAUACCA